AAAUAUACUGGCGGUGUUCGCGCAGUUGCCGGACCAAAAGGAACGGGAGUUUGCUUUUGCUCAUUUCCAGAAGCGCACGUCAGCAACACUAUAGCUUUCUUUGAUCAAGUCGCUGGAACUGCUCUUCUGAUGUUCUUCGUCUGCGUUGUUAUAGACAAACGAAUUGAUAUACCAGCGGCAGCACAUCCAUUUCUUAUUGGCUGCGUUAUUAUGAUGAUCGGUACAAGCAUGGGCAUGAAUGUUGGCUAUCCUAUCAAUCCGGCUCGUGAUCUCGGACCGAGAAUUUUCAUGUUGUUUAUUGGUUACGGCUCCGAAGCCUUCACCUAUCACAACAAUUACUCUUGGAUACCUGUAAUUGCACCAUUCUUCGGUGCUGUUCUCGCCGCUUGGACAUAUGUCGCCUUGAUCGGGGCUCAUAUUCCUGACGCACAACCUGCUUUGGACAUGGACGAGGCUAAGCAGCCUCUUAAGUCCGCGUGA